CAGAGACAGUCACUAAUUAUCACAGUCAUUAGAGAGCAGUGACAGUCACUAAUUAUCACACUCAUUAGAGAGCAGUGACAGUCACUAAUUAUCACAGUCAUUAGAGAGCAGAGACAGUCACUAAUUAUCACAGUCAUUAGAGAGCAGUGACAGUCACUAAUUAUCACAGUCAUUAGACAGCAGUGACAGUCACUAAUUAUCACAGUCAUUAGACAGCAGUGACAGUCACUAAUUAUCGCACUCAUUAGACAGCAGUGACAGUCACUAAUUAUCACAGUCAUUAGAGAGCAGUGACAGUCACUAAUUAUCGCACUCAUUAGACAGCAGUGACAGUCACUAAUUAUCACAGUCAUUAGAGAGCAGUGACAGUCACUAAUUAUCACAGUCUUUAGAGAGCAGAGACAGUCACUAAUUAUCACAGUCAUUAGAGAGCAGUGACAGUCACUAAUUAUCACACUCAUUAGAGAGCAGUGACAGUCACUAAUUAUCACACUCAUUAGAGAGCAGUGACAGUCACUGAUUAUCACAGUCAUUAGAGAGCAGUGACAGUCACUAAUUAUCACAGUCAUUAGAGAGCAGAGACAGUCACUAAUUAUCACAGUCAUUAGAGAGCAGUGACAGUCACUAAUUAUCACACUCAUUAGAGAGCAGUGACAGUCACUAAUUAUCACAGUCAUUAGAGAGCAGUGACAGUCACUAAUUAUCACAGACAUUAGAGAGCAGUGACAGUCACUAAUUAUCACAGUCAUUAGAGAGCAGUGACAGUCACUAAUUGAUUUUAUUAUUUUUUAUACAAUUUGUGAUUUCUCCUGAAGACGGGGGAAUGAGGUAACCCCCCCCCCCCCGAAUCGAGUUGAGCCCACCGGUGAUAAUAAGAAAGGAAGUUACCAGAAGUCCCGUCCGCGGAGCUGCCGUUCCUCCUGAGACUCUCCAGGCGAUCCAGGCGAGGGAGGUCGGGUUCGUGGGUGUCCUGAGCUCAUCCCACAAGCCACCUCCCUGGUGACCCUUAGAACCACGGUUCACAUGUCGGACUCGGCUGAUCCCGGUUUCUGUGCCAUGGAAGCUGCCAUCCUUCCUCAUGAGGUCUCAGUGCGGGCCCUGUUGACCUUCCAUGAUGUGUCGGCUUGUUUUUCCGCUGAGGAGUGGGGGGUGUUGGAGGACUGGCAGAAGGAGCUGUACAAGAAUGUGAUGCGGGAGAUCCACACUACUCUGCUGUCGAUGGGCUACACCAUCCUGAACCCUGAACAACUGCUGCGAGUAGAUGAAAUAAAGGGAGUAUCGCCAACUGGUGAGAAGUCAAAGGAGCAAAAAAAUAUACUGACAGCAGGUGCCCCUGUUUUUAACUCAGACAUCUCGCUAUGGAUCCGGGAGGUGGUGGAGGAUGACAUUUCUGCUCCUCAGAAGCUGGAGCACCCUGUAGUGUGGGAGAGUCCUGCCGCCUCAGAGGUUCCCAUUGUAAAGCCGGACAUUUUCCUGCGGAUUAAACCCGAUGAGCUGGUGUUUGAAGCCUGUCCUGACCCUGAAUCUCUGUCUGGAGACAAAAUGUCAGGGGAUGAAGUCAUAGGAACAGGAAUAUCCGUCACUAUAGACGGGAGCACCGAGCCCUUCUGGCUGAAUGUGCACGAGACAGAUCACAAUGAGAUCCUGAGCGGCGGGCAGCAUGAAGAUGAUGGUUUCAUCAGAAGUCCAGCUGAGGAACGUCUGACGGACUUUCGACCUAAUGAGUUUACACUGGAAAAUGGGUCUCCUGAAGAAUGGGACAGCCCAUCACCAAUCCGACUCCCUCGUCCCAGGAAGUGCCAGUCCAUAUUUCGGAUAGGUCAGCCCAUAUCGGAAUGUGCUUAUGACUUCAUAGACCAAUCGAGCCCAACACAAGCUCGUCCAUUCCAGUGCUCCGAGUGUCAACAGAGCUUCACCGAAAGCGAGACUCUUCUCUUACACCAGACGGUUCAUAGGACAUGGGGGCCACCAGAGAAUGAAGCAGAAGAAUACAUCAUCCCACCACAUCCAAAACCUGUUAUCAGAAGCUUGCCAGCACCAUAUAUUUGCGGAGACUGUGGGAAGGGCUUUUCUAACUCUUACAAACUGAAAAUCCACCAGAGAAUCCACACAGGGGAGAGGCCAUACAAGUGCCUUGUUUGCGAGAAACGUUUUCACAAGAGCGCACACCUGAAGGUCCAUCAGAGGACGCACACAGGAGAGCGUCCCUACGGAUGUCAGGUGUGUGGCAAGAGGUUUACUAAAUCCUACCAUCUAAAGGUCCAUCUGAGGACACACACUGGAGAAAGACCCUAUCAGUGUCCUGUGUGCCACAAAACCUUCAGUGUUAACUCUCAUCUUACUGUCCACCAAAGAACUCAUACUGGGGAGAAGCCCUUCGUUUGCUUUGAAUGUGGAAAGAGCUUUCGCCAGAAGACCAGUCUACUCGGCCACCAGAAGUCCCAUCAGAGGCUGGUAGAGCGUAGAAAGCUCACGUGGAAGACUUUAUGGCCAGAAAAGUGAGGUGGUGUUUUCCCUUACACUUUAUAAACUCAGUUACUAAUAGUUUCAUUGAAGAAGUCAAUUUCUGAGUCAGUUCUGCAAAUUUCGAAUCGAAAGUUGCAGUUCUGUGGAGAGGUCAUAAUGGAUCUAAGAUGUUGACGCUCAGAUGGGGUUUACUUGCGUCUUCCUCUCAUUGUAUUUUUUAUACACUCUGGCCCAUAAUGGUUUGAUACUGAAUUCUGAAAAGCACUUUGCAUGCUGGGGUUAAGUAACAAAAAAACUGAAUGAAGUUCCAAAUUUUGGGUAACAUAUAACAGCGGUAAUCUAAUUGGAAGGUAAAAACUCCAGCCACCACAUAUUUUUACAUUGCUGACCUCCUGUAGAAGACCAAAGAUGAUUAGACUUGAAAAUUGUAGGAUGGAAACCCUUCGUAAAUCCCUUAUUCUUAUGUGUUUAGUGGUGUCCCGUAAUGCAUCAUUUCUGACCGCCAUUGUGUGAGUGGCCACGUGCGUGCAGGUUGGUUAUCACAUGACUUUGAGCACGUGGAAACUAAAGCCUGAAAUGAAGUAUCGCUAGGGGGUUGAAGUCUGAAAAUAUGCAUUAUGGGGAUAACGGGCGCGUGCUAUUACAACGUAGGAACCAUACUGUUACAGUGAAUAUAAAACAAAGACAUUUGGAAUACUCGUUGAGUCGGCCUUGUUAGUAAGUAUAUAAUAAGCUGAAUAUGGGCAGGUAUAUGCAUUAGGAGACUUUGGCAGAGGUCACACCCUUGGGGCCUAGGGGGCUGACUGUGACUAAAAAACGGGCAGUUUCCAGCUAACCAGAAGGUACAGUGACCCUGAGACUUCGUCAUAGACUGAUCUGUACGUACCGUCGCUGUCGUAUACUGUCUGUAGACUAAUCUGUACUGGUGCUCACCGUCCUGUAGACUGAUUUAUACUUACCCUUUAUUUACUUGUGCAAACGUAGCCCUAGAGCUCAUAAACAUAGCCUUAUAGACAGAUCUUUACUCAUACGUUCUCUAUAGAACCACUGAUGGCCAAUAUGUUCUGACCUCACAUGUGAUUGGUUGUAUGUCCAUCCCGGGCGUGGACGGAUCGAUAUCCUUAUAAACAUAUUUGCAGUAUGUGUCUAUGAAUUGUGCCCUAGAAUAGUCUACAAAAGAGAUAUUAUACAAACUCUAUGGUUUGAAUGGAAAAGCACAUAGAUUGGAGGCAGCAACCUCUAGGGGUCAUAAGUAGUACUGCAGCUUCUUUCCGUAGGACUUGGGGAGUACUGUCUGUGGAUCUGUACAUGCAGGACUGAUCAUUAACAUGUUUACUCCAUGUGACCCAAAAUCUAAUUAUUAAAUUGGUAGCAAUUUGCCACAUCGGUUGAUGCCCAGGAUGGGGCAGUGAGGUCUAUAUGAAUUGUCAGAAAAUAUCUAAAGGUGGAAUACCCUGUUUCAGAAUCUGGUUUCCCACUACUCCCCCUACAGCCUAAGUCGGGCACUACAAUGGCAGCCUGGGAAAGCAAUUUUUUAUUUGGCUACCCUAGAAUAGAUCUAGAGAUGUUGAUAAGCUAUUGACUCUGCUCUGCCUCCUCUACUUCUGACAUUGCAUGUUUUUCAUUAAAGGUGGCCAUUCACAUUCGAUAGCUGUUGGCCGACAUCUGUUCUUCCCAAAUUCCCCGUACACAUUCCUGUUCAGUUCGAUGUGCAUGUGUUAUCAGUGGGGGAGAGGGGAACAUCCUGCUGCCCAGUAUCUCUUGCAGUAGCUCCGCUCUUGUGUUUAAAUCCAACAUGCUCCAUCCUUCUUUCCCCCCACAUCUGCUGUCAAGGAACCUGUGUGCGCAUGAGUUGGACAGAUGAUGCCACCAAAUUAUUGAGCUGGGACAACAUGUGGGACCAGCUGGCCAUACGUAUGAAAUAAUAUUGUUGGCCACUCCCACAAAAACCUGUGAUUUCAGUCAACUUCUAUGUGUAUGGAGACCUCUUGACCGUUCCCCGACAAGUUUCUGGUGGAGUCAGGAGACAUGGCUGUUCAGUGUCUUAGAAUCCGAGACCCUCCAAUUUGCUUGUUGUGGAUCCGACCACAGAUUUAGGGCUAAUCCCCAUGCAGACACCUGCUGCCAUACCUCCCAGUAACUGCAUCAAAAAUGAACGUGCUCCUUCUUUCCGCGUGUGGAAAAACCUUUUGCCGUAGUUUAUACAGAAUCCCAUUUAAAUCCUUAGACAGAUAUGUUAGGAGAUUUUUUUUGCUAUGGAUUUUAGCAAAUGAAGAGAAAGGCUGUGUGAACAUAUCCCAAAAACUGACCACAGGGUCAAAAGCUACAGGGAGGAGUUUGUUUUCCCUUUUGUCCACAAUUCACACAUGUACAUACUCCAUGUAAACAAGCACAACAGAAUCUGUAUCUCCAGGGUGAGAACCUCCGGACCAAACAGUCCUCAUUUAGUUUUUAAUUGGACUCUACCAUAAAUGAAAACCCUUCGUCAUAUGCCCUAUUAGGAUAUUGAUGUUCCCCACUAAUAUCCAGGCUCUCCUUAAAAAACGAUUUUUUUUUAUUUAUUGUUGCCCCAUUUGAAAACUGUAGAAUUGGAAGCUCCAUUUGCCCAUGUGACCUUCGCCCUUACUAGACGAUUCACAACAAGUAUCUGCUCUGCAGCUUAUGUCUCUGUGACAUUGACAUCGAAGCUCCUAUAGGCUUGCAUGGAAACAGACUUCCAGUGCAGUGCACACAACAGAGCUCCCUCUAGUGUCGGCUGCAGGCAGCUAGAAUUUUGUCUUGUAGGAACUAUGCAGAGGAUUUGCACCUUUGUAUAAGGGGAACUAAGCUUAUAUCUGACAAACACAUGGUGCAACAGCAC